AUGCCCAAGUCCGGCAAGCACAAGAAGGAGCGCGCCGCCGACUUUACCAAAGCCAAGCUCAAGCUCGGCAAGGGCAAGCAGGUCGCCAACAAUGCGACAAACACGUCCUUCACCGCCAAGUCCAUCGCCCUCCCGAACCAGUCGCUCUCCGAGGCGCCCAAGUCCGCCCCGACAUCUCGACGCAACUUGACCCUCCCCGAACUUCUUAUCCAGACGCGCCACUACUCCGUCCCCGUCAAGCGCGAAGCUCUCGUCGAGAUCCACCAACUCCUCCUCUCGCACCCGUUCCUCCUCCAGCAACACCUCCUUCCGCUCUCGAAUUCGCUUGCGCAUCUUGUUGGAGAUGCGAGUGGGAGCGUCAGGGCGGAGGUGAGGAAGGUGCUCGAGCACAUCGCCGAGGUCCUCCCACGAACGAGCUUUGUGUCGAUUUCGAACACGCUCGUCCUGUUCACGCUGUCGGCGCUGUCGUCCCUCGACGAUCCCGUCCGCAUCGACGCUCUCAAGGUCAUCGACGUCCUCCUUGCCACCAUCCCCGACGACCUCGUCCGCGGAAUCGACCCCUCCCGGCCCAUCUCCUCCUCCUCCAGCUCGUCGACCUUUGCACCCGACGCUUCGACCUCCGCCUCCUCGUCCGACUCCUCCACCUCCGGCUCUCGCAUCCUCGAGUCCCUCCUCUCGCUCCUCAAAAUCCGCCUCUCCUCCUCUGCGUCUUCCGGCACCGCAAUCGCAACCGACCUCUCGCCCGAAGCGCGUCUCAAAGUCCUCGGCACCCUCGAGCGGGUCUUGCGCGUCGUCGGACAGAAGGAAAGGGGAGUAGAGGCGGAAGAGCCGUGGUAUCUCAGGGGAGCGUUCGAGUCGGAGCAGGCGUAUAGGGACUUUUUGGCGGGCUUUGAAGGAACGGCGAGGCGGAGUCGGAGGGUGGUGCGCGUGAGGGAGGAGAUUGAGGGCGUGCAGGUCGAGGCGUUUGAGGCGGCGUUCGGCGUUGGAGGCGCGGCGCUGGGGUUGAGCGAGUGCGGGCUGUUCACUCCGCCUGCGACCCCGACCGCCUCGACCUCCGCUCCUACCUCCGCGCAACCGACUCUUCUCUCCCUCCUCCACCCGACCCUCCUCUCCUCGUUCCUCGACUCUGCACCGACCGCUUUCACUCCGACUUCCGUCGCCUCGACCCUGACCGGCCCAACACACCACCUCGGCACCGUCUCUUCCGUCCUCUCCAUCUCUCGCGAACUCUUCACGCGCGAGCUCGCUUCCUCCAGUACCUCUUCCUCCGGCCCGGCUCGCAAGAUGCUUCUCGCGUUGUUGACGCACGCAAGUCCCUACUUCCCCUUCGGCUCGUCCGACUCCCUUUCAGCAGCAGCAAGCACGGGAUCGAAGAAGCAGCAACAAGCGGACGAGGAGCACUUCAGGGUGAUGAACCUUGCGUUUGCGGAGUUGAGUAGCUUGUUGGUGCUUACUUCUGCGGGAUCGGGGAGGGGUGCGAGGGAGAAGGGGAUUUGGAAGGGAAAGCGAGGGGAGAAGGAGCGCGAGAAGGAGGAGAGGGUCGAGGAGGUCGUGCUUGAGAGGGUGCAGGAGUGGGUCGUCGCAGCGUUGAGGGGCGAGCUCACCACCCCCGCCUCACCGCUCGGCCAGCCCCUCUCCCCCUCUCACUUCCUCUCCCUCACGCCCACCCUCUGGGCCCUCCUCAACCAGCCCUCCUCAGCACGCGCGGACGAGGUGUGGAGCGCGGUGGUCGAGUAUGCGGUCAAGAGUGGGGUUAACGCGGGUGAGGGCGAGAGGAAGGGCGCGGCGAAGAGGUUGGCGGGAGAGUUUGUUGCGAGGGGGGUGUUGAUCCACUCGUCGCCGUCCUACACCGCUCCCUUCUCCCUCCCCUCCACACCCGCCUUCCCCUCCUCGCUCUCGAACCCGAACGCCAAGGACGUCAAAGCAAACGCCGCGGCGCGGUGGGUCGCUGGACUGCCAAAGUGGUUGUGGGAGUGCGGGCAGCAGGGCGAGGCGAGGGAGGACGAUAUGGAGUUCAUCCUUAUCGUCCUCCUCAAGCUCUUGCAGCAAGGCUCGUCCGGUCCCGUACCUCCAGCCGCCCUCCUUUCGCUCGCGCCCGUCCUCGCGCCCUUCUUCCACCUCUCCCACCCCACUCGCGGCUCCAUCCCCGGUCCAGUCACCAAACUUCCCGCGACAAGCGAAGUACGGAAGAAGGCGCUCGAGGUCGUUUGGUGGAUGGAGCGAGUCGCGGGCGAGGAGGAUGCGAGUGAGGCGGCGAGGGAGGGGGUUGUGGCGCUGAGGGUUGCGGCGGAUAGCGCGGUGGCGUAG